GCCGCGCGGGGAGGGAGCAGCGCACUGGUCCUGGACUCACUUGGUUUUAAAGGAUAAUUCAGGUUAUUUGUCACAAGUGUUGUUGUGUGUUUCUUCCCGCGCACAGUGAAGUGUCGGCUGCGCGUCCUGCUCGCGCGUCCUGCUCGCGCGUCCUGCUCGUGCGUCCUGCGCGUCUCCGUGUGACUCCUUGGUUUUGGACGCCGCGCGCCCUGGAGCGUCCGGCCGGGAUGUAGCGGAGGACAGACCCACACACAGCAGCUCCUCGCCGGCCUCCUCGUCCCGCACGGCCCGGGGCACGCCGACCUCCCGCUCCCAGACGCGUCCCGCCGCGUGGAGACAGGAAGUCUGUGACAGUUUGUAGAAACCUCCUGAACCUUGAUGGUGGGUCUCCUGGUGAUGAGCCCUGCCCGGAGCUCCUAGCUGGCGGCUUCUUACUUCCCACUGCCCCUCGGCCUCAUGAUGACCAUGAGCUCCAUGUCGGACUCCCUGGUGCCGCCUGAUCCGUCCAAGUCCGCCUUCCUGGAGUUCGGCGGCCACGGCUUCUCCGGCCACCAGCAGCACUCCCCCGGCCUGUCCCACAACCACUACCCGGUGCACGGGCUGCACGCCGUGGGCCCGGCGCAGCACGACGGGCCCUUCGCCGCCGGGGCGUCCUCGUACGGUCGCCCGCUGGGAUACCCGCCGUACCACAGCCCCGUGAGCGCGCACCACCCGGGGGCCUACCUGCCGUACCAGCACGGGGGCCACGGCGGCGCGCUGGGCCACACCAGGCUGGAGGAUGGAGAUCAGGACAAGCCCACGACGGUGAUCGAGAACGGGGAGGUGAGGCUGAACGGGAAGGGCAAGAAGAUCCGGAAGCCUCGGACCAUUUACUCCAGCCUCCAGCUCCAGGCGCUCAAUCAGCGCUUCCAGCAAACCCAGUACCUCGCCCUGCCCGAGCGGGCCGACCUGGCGGCCAAGCUGGGCCUGACGCAGACCCAGGUGAAAAUAUGGUUCCAGAACAAACGAUCUAAAUACAAGAAGAUCAUGAAGAACGGACCCUGCGGACCGGAGGGAGACCACCUAGCCCCCCCACAGCCGUCCUCCUCCUCGCCUUGCUCCCUGUGGGACAACAGCAUGGUGGCCAAGGGUGCAGCGGUGCACUCUGGGGGAUAUAUGAACAAUUUUGGACUCUGGUACCCUGCACACCAGCAGGACUCCAUGCCAAGGACUCAGAUGAUGUGACAGACAGGAAGGAGCACGAGACACUUCCAGGACAAAUGAUGGAUUAAUGCCCGACUGGAGCUGUUCAACACACGGACAUUGUUUAGAGUCGGCGCCGCUCUGGAGGCAUAAAUACACGGGUUGUUACCAGAUACUGUGUGUACGGGGGAAAUAGAUCAAUUAGAUAUUAUUCUAACAUAUAGACAACCUUUAAAGUAAUAAGACUUAAGUAAUAAGAUGUAAAAUAUAUCUUUAAAUUAAAAAAUUCAUGACACAUGUCACAUGACCACUCACGUGCACUGGGCGUGCACGUGCCGGUAUAAACAGGAAGACACGUGCGUCCCGCUGGACACGAGAAUAAACAGCUGUAUCUCUGUAAAAUACAGAAUGUAACUGAGCAGCUGUUUGCGGAGACACAGGCUCAGUGACUGAUGUCCCCUGGUUCUUCAGGAAGGAGGUCAUGUGACGACGAAUCAGCGAAGGCUACGUCGGGAGCGUUGUUUCUGCUCGUCCAGACUCGAACACAGCUCCGGAGGUUUCAAACUAAAAAGCAGCAGCGUUUACGAACUUCUCUGUUUCAGAGUUUGAACUUCAGGUGAAUCUGUAUCAGAGUUGAUGUGUUUUCAAAUGAAAACGUGGUCGUGUGGAUGAAGCUCGGUUCGUAUCGACUUGAGCUAAAGAACCAAAACACAACUGACAAAUUCAAUUUAACAUGAAAAACAUCUCUGCCGGCUGCUGUGGCUUGUUUCUGUUAUUGAUUAUAUUGAUUGGUUUAUUCCAUCAGAAGUUACAGAUCUUAUAAACAGUCAGUGGGUUUGUCUCCGCCUCCAGAGCCGCUCCAGACUUUCUGGUUCAAGCUGCGACUCGAAGCUGAAGUUAUCGCUGCAUUUCCAAUUGUGGACAUUUCAGGUUUCAUUCUCUUCUGUAUUUUCUCUGGGUUACAGUCGAUCGGAUAAUUGUGGGUUUUCAGGGUUUUCUUCUUGCAGCAGUCGUUCUUCACUGAACUUCACGGAUUCAAAGAACCCUGUGGUUUGCAAAACGCUAAAAACAGAUCAAAUUAAAUAACGAAUAGAAUUCACUUCUCACCAUUGUGUGUAUUCUAUAAAUCUGACGGGGGUUUGUGUGGUACAAUUAUGGUUCAGGCCUGUAAAGAGCCAUUAUGAAAGAAAUGAUUACAACACUUUUAUGAUUCUUAUAAAGCCCUUUUUAAGUUUGUAUGGUAAAUACGCACUGAACGAACACAGCUACUUUAAUGUAUUAUUGAGUCUUAAUUGAGUCAAAUUAUAUAUAAAUAUAUAAUGUAUUUUGUCAUUAUAAUAAAAAAAAUCUAAAAUAAGAUCAAACCAAAAAAGAAUAUUCCAGACAUUUAUUGGAAAUCAUCAUGUGCUGAUUCUGCGGUUUUCAUAAUUAAACUAAUUGACUAAGUUAGAAUUCAUUGUGCGUCAGGCGGCUUCUCGUUGUUCAGCUCUGUCCCGACACUCGGAACUGGAAACAGAAGAAACAGGGUUCAGCUACAUUCUUCAGUCUUUAUAUUUUCUAAUGGACUUUUAAUGAUGGAUCUGUCAAUGUUAAAUGUUAUAUUGUUAAUUCUGCUCUUUUCCUCUCAGACCUGCAACAGGAAACUAAACUAUUUUAUAAUAUAUUGACUCUUGUCCGGCUGUGCUUAUUUGAAAUAAACCCAGUUAUUAUUGCCACUC